AACUUUAUCCCUCGAUAUUUGGAACACAAAUAGAUCUAUAAUUUACAUACAGAUAUAGAAAAGAGAGAUUAUGAAUCUUCUUCUUACUGUCUUUCUUCUUCUUCUAAAUGAACCCAUCUGGAAUUUCCACCAUCAAUGUUCUUCCAUAACAGCAGUAACAGCAACAGCAACUCCAGUUCCUUCACCAUCAAUGGCUGCCUUCUCUCCAGGGAUUGAAAAUGAAGAACAUCGAAACAGAAAGGAUCCACACAUGAAACUGGUUAUAGCUCUUAUCAUUACUUGUACAGUUCUAGUAGGAACCAUUCUAUCUUUAUUACUAUGUCUAUGGAUCUAUCAAAGAAGAAAGAGUUUAUUAUUCAAAAUCCACCAAAAGAAUUCACAAACUUCAGAUUCCUUGAAUGGGAUAUCACUUGAUUCAUUUGUGAUGGGUGAAUGCAAUUCUAUGAAGUUGAAUUGUAGAAAAUUAAUGGAUUAUCAGCUAUUACAAACAAGAACAAACAAUUUCGAUGAAAUGAACAUUCUUGGUGUUGGCGGUUUUGGGUGUGUUUAUAAGGCUGAUUUAGGAAACAAUCUCCUUGUUGCUGUGAAGAAACUAGACAGUACUGGAAGUCCAGAUGCAAUAAGGGAAUUUGAGACUGAAGUGAGUCUUUUAAGUAAGAUGCAUCAUCCAAAUAUUAUAUCUCUAUUGGGUUAUAGUAUAAAAGGCGAAACAAGGCUGAUUGUAUACGAAUUGAUGCAAAAUGGAUCCUUGGAUACUCAAUUACAUGGUCAAUCUCGUGGAUCGGCAUUGUCAUGGAAUCAUAGGCUGAAGAUUGCUUUAGAUAUAGCUAGGGGAUUAGAAUAUCUACAUGAACACUGCAGUCCAUCAGUGAUUCAUAGAGAUCUGAAAUCAUCUAAUAUUCUUUUGGAUGCUAACUUCAAUGCCAAGCUCUCUGAUUUCGGGUUAGCCUUAACCGAUGGAACCCAAAACCAUGUCAAGUUGUCGGGUACACUAGGAUAUGUGGCUCCUGAGUAUCUCCUAGAUGGUAAAUUGACGGAUAAAAGUGAUGUGUAUGCGUUUGGGGUGGUGCUUUUGGAGCUUUUAUUGGGAAAAAAGGCUGUGGAGAAAGUGGCACCAUCUCAAUGCCAGUCUAUUGUUACAUGGGCAAUGCCUCAGCUUACUGAUAGAAUAAAGCUACCUGUCAUUGUGGAUCCUGUGAUUAGAGAUACAAUGGAUCUAAAGCAUCUAUUUCAAGUUGCUGCUGUAGCUGUUCUAUGCGUACAGCCUGAACCGAGCUAUCGACCAUUGAUUACAGAUGUUUUGCAUUCUCUGAUCCCUCUUGUUCCUGUUGAGCUUGGAGGUACCUUGAGGAAUACAAGACUUUCUAUCAGUUCAAGAUGAUAACACAACACUGGACAUUUUCUUUUCUUUUUCUGGAUUUUUUUUUUCCAAUCUAGGUAUGUUUAUUUUAUUCAGUUUGUAACUAUUUUAUUUAUCUGACUCUCUACAUAAAAUGAUAUA